AUGGACGCACAAGCACACUGUCUCUGCGGAGAACUCCAAUGGACCGCACAUUUCUCCAAAGGAAAUAUGCCAGGCCAGGUUCUGUGCCACUGCAUGCCCUGCAAGAUGUUUGGCGGCGGAGAAUACACCGUCAACAUGAUGGUCCCCAAGGCCGACGUUAAGAUGACCAAGGGCACCCCCAAAGUCUACACAUACACCGGCGAGUCCGGCAACCCCGUCGAUUGCUUCUACUGCCCCAACUGCACCACGCACGCCUACCACCACGAGAAAGUCCUUGGCGACCGCUACACAAUGCACUCGCUCCUCUUCGAAGACGACUUGCUCAAGCAGCGCCCCAUCGAGAUGGAGCUCUUCGGGAAGCACCGCAUGCCCUACCAGCCCGAGAUCGCGAAGACGUACGAGGUCACGGAUAACUCCUAA